UCUGUCUCAUUUGUUGUGCUCCUUGGACUAGGAGCCCUGUUUGUUAUCCCACGGUCUAACAGCAACAGUAAAGGAGAUGCAGCGCAUCUAGCAGGCAGUGGAAAGACAUCUAGAAGCUAUACAAUGAAAGAGGUUUCCACCCACAACACAAGGAAGGAUUGUUGGAUAAUAAUAAAAGAUAAGGUUUACAAUGUCACUGCAUACGUGGAGGAACACCCAGGUGGUGAUGCCAUCCUAAACAAUGCUGGUGGUGAUUCAACAGAGGGGUUUUUUGGCCCGCAACAUGGCACGAGAGUAUUCGACAUCAUCGAAGAUUUCUGCAUCGGCAGAUUGAAGGACUGACGAUAAAGAGGAGAGAGAGCUGUCAAUGCUUCAAAUGUGAACCCAUGCGCUCUUCCACAGUUGCUCCUUCCUGGACGACAAUGACAGGGAGUGAAACAGUUCCCAGUAGUGAUGAGGACCACUCCCAGCUUUGUGGUUCUGAUUUCAUAUUGACCUGGUGCUUUUACCAGUAAUUAACACAGUGUUUGAAGCAGGGGGCUUCGACGUGUUCUGGACGUUUUGUUAGCUUUAUCGCUUUGAGAAGAUAUGCUUUCUUAGAACUUUGGAAUGUUCUCAGACCGGAUGACUUACUUUGCCAACCUUCAUAUUGAUGUUUAGCAUGACAGUGAAAGGCAUUUGCUGGGUCCAA